AGGAUAAAGAGGCCCACGAGGAGUUGGCCCGAGCGCUGGCCCGAGGCCUCCAGCUAGACAUCCACGGCUCCAGCAGAGACUCACUGCAGGGCUCCAGUGGCUACAGCAGCCAGACCAACACACCCUGCUGUUCAGAGGACACCAUCCCGUCACAAGUAUCAGACUGUGACUACUACUCUGUGGGAGCGGAUCAGGAGGGCGAGCAUCACCAGUCAUCAGACUAUGAUAAAUCUUCCACCAUCCCCAGAAACAGUGACAUCAGUCAGUCUUACCGCCGCAUGUUCCAGUCCAAACGCCCUGCCUCCACUGCUGGGCUGCCCUCCAACCCCUCUGCCAUCAUCACCCCGGGAGUCGCCACCAUCCGACGGACGCCAUCCUCCAAACCAAACCUGCGACGGCCCUCCGGGGGCCUUAGCUUGGGCCCCAUCCCCAUCAAGCCCCCCAUGAUUCCAGUCAAGACCCCUACUGUGCCUGAACAUCCUGGUUUCCCCAGCAGGGCAGCAUCAGAGGAUGGCAACACACCACGAACCCCGCUCAGUCCCCCGACCACCCCUUUGUCACCAGGCAGCAGCGGACCACUUUCACCAAGGUCCAGCUCCUGGGAGACCCAGCACCAGAGCGAGGGGUUGGAUCCUCCCACCCCACCACCGCAGCCCAGCGGCCGAGUGUCAGAAUGGGAGCGCCGGCCUCUCCCAGAGCUCCUGGAGGAGACAGAAUACAGCGAGGUGGAGGAUUUUCUGGUGGCUAUCCGACGAGGUGUCAGACUCAAGAGGACAUCGACCAAUGACCGUUCAGCGCCAAGUAUUCACUGAGACUAGAAGAGCUGGUUUGACUUGCGCCAUUUUGCGUCCCUGGCUGAAUCUCGGCAAAUAUGCUCUUAAGGGACACAAAAUGGUUGUCAACAAGUAAAAAGGAGCUAUGACAUCAAAUGGACGGCGAGAAUGGGAGGAAGUUGCUCGGAGACUCUGAUCAAGCAUCAGUUUAGAAAUUACCUAACAAAACUUAAAAGGGAUGUUCGAUCAUAACACGGUGAUCUAAUUACAGAAAUUUAUAAAGGUAAGAAAUCAAAUAAAGCGCUUUCACCUUUUGGCCAAAGACAGAAUAUUUAAAUGAGGGAUAAAAACACUUCUGUUUGUGGUGUUGACAACAGUUUGUGAUUUUUGCGAGAGUUUUGGGUUUUAAAGCCUGUAAGUACAUAGUUUGAAAAGCUCCUUUCUGAACUCAAAGUCAGAGGAAAUCUGUCAAACUAAUGUGGAUAAAAGGUAGACAUUUCUUGUCCAGAUUUAGACUGCAUCCAACAAGAAAGUUUACCUUUCGUAAAGUAUCAGUGGACUCUCUUAGGCUGAGAAUUUUCCCCACAGUGCCAAAUUUUCUUGCUUUGGAAACUGACUAAAGCACCUCUCCCUUUAAAAACGAAACCUGCAGCCUCUUGCAAGUUGAAAACUGUCUGUAUUGCACCUGACUAACUCCAGUGAAGUUUCCCUCUGAGAUUACUACUGGGAACACUGGUGCUGAUCUGAGAUCAAUUCCCCUGGGCAACUUCAGUUUACAAAAGAAAAGGUGUGAAAGGACAUCCUUGUCGAACAAGUUGGACAAGGUCAUUGUUGUAGCAGACACUACUCAAAUGAAACAUUACGUAAAUGUUAACACGUAUUGUAUUGGGAAGAAGUUACGAUGGGUGAUAUAUGGAAAAAUUCUGGAAGGAUUGAUGGAGUAUUUUCAAAUCAUUAUUUGUAUGUACAUAUUUAUACUUUGAUGUGUUUGUAUAUUUUGUUUGUCAUACAUGCCCGUAGUUUCCCAUUUCCACUAAAGGUGCCAAAAGCCUGUGUGCUGAAUUUAACUUAAAUAUUGUAAAAAUUCUAUUUAAAUUGAAAUUAUGCUGGAUUUUUUUUCUAUUAAAAUAUAGGUGAGUGUUUGAUAGAGAAGACAGACUGAAAGAAAACUUGAGCUUCUACGCAAACUGAAAGAGUAAUUGUAAUUGUUAGGGUAGCACAUUGAAGAAUGGCGUGUAAAUUCACAGUUAUCCUAAUAAUGACACGUACGGUAGAUUGACCUGCAUGUUCUUAAAGUUUUCUCCAGUAUAAAGAAUCCUUUUGGCUUUAUAUUAGAAAGUUCAGCACAAUAUUCCAGCAGUGGAUAUGAAGAGUGGCGGAUUAGGAACUGCGGAUGCCAACGUCUUAGUAGAUUAAGUGUGCUGUUAGCUUUUAACAAAAAACAUUGGGUCUCAUUCAUGAAACAUGAGCAGAACGAAUUUGUGUGUAAACUGUUUGUAGAAGGAAAUUUACGUGUAUUUCGGCAUUCAUUAAUAUGUUAGUAGCUCCGAUCUUUUCGUAGGUACCAACAAAAUCUACACCUGCUUCUGACUGCUUGUAGUACUUUUGUAGAUAGAUAGUACACAAAUAUUGUUUGUAAUUAUUAGAAAUUAUAAUUUUAUUUCAUAUUGUGCUCUGUUAUGUACACAAUACUCAGAUGCCUUUGAUACAUGUAAGUUAAAGAUGACAGGAGAUUAGAAAUAUAACACAUUUAGCUAAAUUAGUUGGUAUUUAGCAGAUUUAAGCUUCAGAAUAGGAUUCUUAAAAACGUGAAUGAGUUAUUUAAAUCAACUUAUACAAAACUGAAAAACAUUGUUCUCUAAAUAAAUAAAAUAACAAACCAACAAGUUCCUCCUCUGCCCUCGUUAUACACUGCAGCCCCAAACUUAAUGUCAUCUUUGUUUAAUUUAAUUGUCACAGGCGCAACGUGGGAGACAUAAACAUUAUUUGUGUGAUGUGGCAGCUAUACGCUUCUUUAUAAUACGACUUGUGGACCUGGGAAAACAAUUCAGCAUCUGUCUCCGCUCACACCGGGCAGCUGGUGAACCUGGAUCUGACAAAGAGUUGGAGGGAGACAGUGUGGUUUUACAUCUUACUUGCUAAACUUAACAGUGGGUUAUUGCCUACAUUAGACUGCCUGUAUUAAAAGGAUAGUGCACCGCAAAAUGAAAAUUUUCAUUGUAGCCUGUAGCUCUAACUGCCUCUGUGUACACU